AUGUGCAUAAGUAAGCGCUUUAAUUACCAGUCAGCUGUAGUGCCUUUUGGUUUCCCAUAUCAAACUACUCGUGUCAAGCGCAAACGAGAGCUCUCUGACGCUUGACGGAAGUCCCGCUGAUGAAAGGCUUGGCAUCGCCUCGGUUCGGCGUCAAGGUGUCUAAACAUGCCAGAACGACUACUAAGUUCGCAGGCCAUUUAUAUGAACACCUACAGGUCUCAGCCCAUUAGCUGGACAUUCUGCCAUUUCUUUUGCUCGGCCACUACACAACAACAGGACCCUUGUUUGGGCCCAGGCCCAUCUCGCGCCGUUUAGACAUGCGAUGACUUGGGCUCGUGGAAGCAGCCACAGUCCGCAAUGGACGCCUAUCCCGAAGAUUACAUCGCGCACAACCUUCCCUACGUGCUACUCUGCGGCCUAGAUGCUGAUCCCGAAGAACCCACAGAGAGCUCCGAUGUGCAAUACCCAUAUCUUUUCACAAAGGGGACUAAGAUCUCCUCGGAUCUCCCUCCUGUGAGCGGACCAGUCGCGGAGGAGUUACGAAAGGUGUUUCUCGAGGAAGAUGCGUCGGAGGCGCCAUGGAACUCACUGAAUGACAUUAGGAGGUCCGGUGGGAUACGACUUAAAGUGAAAAGCAUUGGACGGUCAUACAGAUUGCCUCCGCGGAAGGCUGAUCCUCCGUCAUCCUCUCCCCCAACCAGUCCACCAGGAGCUCGAAGCGAUAAUACAUCUUCUGGAGUCGUCUUGCAUUCCCCAAUCUCACCAUUGACUCCUAGCUCGCCUGUCUUCCCAGAUGGACUGCUUACGCCAUUAUGGGUCACGAAACAUCAGAACCUCAUACCCGCUGUCACCAUCAACUUCUUCUCUUUCACCUCGGACCCGAACUUGAGCACCCUCCGCGACAACCAGCUUAAAACUGAGAUAAAUACUCUGAAGAAGGACUGGGUUGCCUCCGGCUGUAAAACCCGCUUUGUGGUUGUUCUGUUGUCCGAAGAGGGCGAGAGCAGCUACGUAGUCGAUACUGAGGAGCGGGUGGCUAGCAUUCGAAAAGCGACGAACCUGGAUCCGAGGUCGAUACAUGUUUUACCGUCGGAUUUGACGCCUCUCGAAACAAAAGAGUUUGCCAGGUCACUGCUCUCUUCUCUACAACCGACAAUCGUCGAGUACUACCGUGAUCUCUCAAAACAUGCACGGCGAAAGCGGAAUCGAGGCAGUAUCCCGCCGCCAACUGCGCCUCCUACAACUGGUACCUCUCAAACUUUAUCCUUUCAGGGCUGGAAUGUGCGGUAUGAAUUUAAAUUGGGGAUAUUGGCCGAAUUCCGUCAGGAGAUGGAUGCCGCUUGUCGAAACUACGAAAGCGCAUAUGAGACUCUUUUUGGACAAGAAGUGUUCGAAACAAUUGCCGGCUGGAAUCCGAGGUUCAACGAAGCGCGUCUUCUUGGAGAUGUCCUAGCGUUGCGUAUUCUGCGGUGCUUGCUCUGGAAUGGUCAGCAUACUGUGGCGGUACGGUCAUGGGUCGCCCACAAGCAUCGCACGCGGGACAUCGUCAACCGUCGAGGCAAGGGGACAAAGAAUUACGGAUGGCAAGCGUGGGAAGCUAGAUGGGCCAUGGUAAUGGCGCAACUUAUACGACGAGCUGAGAUACCCGAACUAGCUUUCCCACCCCCAGUUGAGGAUCUGUCUAGCUUCACGGGCGGUAUAUUCAUCCCCGUGGAGAAGACAGUGCCCGAGGGCGAAAGGAUAAUGCCGUGGCAGCUCCUUCACCAUGAGGGUUACUGGAUACAUCAAUCGGCCCGACACUCCAUACGUCGGCGCAUAUUAGCGAACCAAAUCCCAGCGGAGGACCGAAUUCCGCCUGGACAGUCUCCUGCUUCUCAAAUUGCAAACAAGAGUCACUUAUAUGACACCUACCUAGUACCGGAGCCGCAUGUCGAAGCCGGUCAGCCUGGGAAGCCAGGCUUCGACCACUGUCGUCUGAUUGUUGACGCCUUAAAAUCAGCCAUGGAGGAAUUUUCUAAAAGAGGACAGAUAAGAAAGGUAGAACAAAUCAGUCUAGAGAUGGCGAAGGAAUAUAUGAAAGCUGGUUCUUGGUCAGAAGCGAUGCAGAUACUCCAGCCGCUGUGGCCACAACUUAGCUGGCGAUCUGCUGGCUGGUGGCAGCUUAUGGAAGAAUUUGGCUGGGCAUUGCGGGAGUGUGCUUUGCAGCUUAAGGACAGUGAAUCUCUAUUACGGGUGCAUUGGGAGCUACUAAAUGAUGUAUUUUCUCGGCGACCUGACUGGGACUAUAAUCUUCACAAGAGUCUUGACAGCUUCCCGCAGGAACGGCCCAAACCAGCUGUUGCACUCAGAUCGGAGGAUGUUGUCUCAUGCCUUACUGCUUCACUCGUCUUCGAACGUCCACAUGGCAAUGUCGGAGAACCCUUGCGACUACAGCUGGCUAUCACAUCCCGCGCACAACCAGAAUCUACUCCCAUCCGUCUCUCAGAAGUAAAAGUUGUAUUCGAGGGCGGCCUGCGUCCGAUCAAGCUAUUGUCUGAUGAGAGCGCAUCAGGGAGCUCUACAGAACGUGUCUUAAUACUUCCUGUGACUUUGCGCGACUCGGUGACGUCGACCGAUUCUUCUGUGCUACAAUCCCCUACGAACUCCCUGGCGUCGGUGACUGGAACAACAGACCUUUCAUUCCAACCUUGUCAAACAAAGGCCUUUGAUUUGACGUCUAUUCCUCGAGAGGCAGGCGAGGCUAGGAUCGCUUCAAUCACUCUUAUGAUUGAGGAGGAGAAAUUCGACCUGGCGUAUUCUAUCACUGACCAGAGCCAGCCAGAAUCGUUCUGGUGGCAGGAUACAGUAAAAGGCCCGAUUCGAAGGAGAAUUGGCAAGGAUCGCGACACCCAUGCGUGCAAGAUCCUACCUAAGCCACCCAAAAUCCGCCUUGCAAUUCCUAAUCUCAGAGAAGCGUACUAUACUAAUGAACGAGUGGCUCUCGACAUUUCAAUUCAGAACGAGGAAGAUGAAACGGCAGACUUAUCUAUAGAUGUGAGGCUUUUUGGGCAUCAAGAGUCAGUAGCCAAGCUCGCUUGGGCUGAUGAAGAGGCCCAUCCCGAGAGUCCUGAGGGAGAUGCGGCCGACGGCUCACCGAUGGGAAGAGCUCGUCAUUCUUUGAGACGCUCAAUUGGCACGAUGGAAAGUGCCUCCACGCAGAAUCUUUCAUUGGUGCUUUCCGACACAACCGACGCAUUUGACUAUGAGCUUGAGCUAUCAGUGCUCUAUCAUCUCGUCUCGGAUCCGGAAACACCGAUAUCUAAGACCUUGACUGUGGAUCUCUCUUUCAUCAGGCCGUUUGAGGCGAACUACGAGUUCCUCCCUCGUCUUCAUCCGCAACCGUGGCCUAACUUUUUCCGCGUUGAUGAAGAGUCCGGGGAGGAAUCUACAAGUAGCCCUCCCAAUGGUCUUCAGCAGAAAUGGUGUCUGAAUUCAAAGUUGGUCUCAUUCGCUCCUGAACCCCUUGUUGUCGAGAAGGUGGCUUUAGUCCUACUUGGAAUAAGUGGAGGGGCGAAUUGCGAGAUCAGUUCUGAGACUUUGCUUAGCCCUGAAGCGCCGGUGAUCGCUCUUGAAGAGCUGCGCGAAUCGGAAUUCGUCCUUAAUAUACAGAAAUUGAGCCUGGAGGACCGACGCUCAGUAUCAUUGAACCUGGCCUUGGAAAUCCAAUGGCGACGUGCGAGUUCUGAAGAUAAUUCUGAAUCUUCGACUACUCUUUCCGCAACCACCCCUCUGGCCAUUCCGCGUUUUCUCGUGCCGAUAGGGGAGCCUCGUAUCCUGGCUUCUGUCAUCUCUUCAGAGACAAUUCCGGGAUUCAUUCAUCUUGACUACACUCUGGAGAACCCCUCAUUGCAUUUCCUCACUUUCAGUUUGACAAUGGAGGUCAGUGACCAGUUCGCAUUCAGCGGGCCGAAGUCGACCACCGUUCAGCUCGUCCCUCUCAGCAGGCACACGAUACGCUACAAUCUCUUGGCCUCCAAGCGGGGUCAAUGGAUCCAGCCACAGCUGGUUGUAAUAGACACGUACUUCAACAAGACCCUCAGGAUUCUUCCAACUGAGGGAAUGCGGUCUGACAAGAGAGGCAUUCUUGUUUGGGUUGAUGCUGAUGAAUGAAUGAAUAGCUCUGGUUCUUUUGUUCCAUGUGUGACGAUGAUGAGGAAAGAAUACUGGGCAUGACUCGAGUAUAGAUGUUGUAUGGUAAACCACGGUGCAAUGGAUCAGUUAGUCCAUAAUAGACUCUUCAAUACAGAUAUUCAAACGC